AUGUACUUCAACUACAACAAUGAGAGAGAUAAUGAAGAUGAGCAUGAUGUUGAUGUUGAUCCUACCCGUGAUGGACAGUUGACUGAUGAUCUCUAUGUAGAGUAUCAUCUCUUUGUUGACGAUGACUCGACUUCACAAGCUCAGACUGUGGAUCAGCUUGAACGACUAAGGAUACAAUACACCGAAUAUCUCUCAACCAAUCAUAUACGUGACUACAUAUGGCAGAGAGACCCUUUCUUCCUCAAGAUAUACAGUGGCCAGUCGAAGACAACAAAGGCAGCAGCAGCACCUCCACAUUUAUACGGCCGAACAAGAUUCGAUGAUGCAAUUGAUGAUGAAUGGUUCAUUGUGUAUCUGUUGAUGCAGUUGACGCGACAGUUCACAAACAUCUCGGUCACUGUGAGGGACAAUGAUGGCGAGUUCUUGUUGAUCGAGUCGGCACAGACAUUGCCCAAGUGGAUGAAGCCAAUGUCUACACACAACCGAGUGUUCAUUCGUAAUGGACACCUCCGUAUCAUACCCAUAGCAUCGUCUCCAUCAGAGUUGGACAUGUUACCCUAUCGCAUGGACUUGGUCAGCGCACUCACUUUGCUGCGGCGCGAUACACAAUCUUCAUCACAUUCACUGGAUACAUCGCCUCCCAUUCAAACUGUACAGGCGAUCGAUAAACGAUUGUCUCGCUUCAUCAAUGGAAAGUACAUGAAGGAUCAAUCACAUGUGGCUUUGGUCAGACUACCAGUGGACUUGGCCUUCCUGCUUAAGCGAUACCCUCAGCUCGUAUCAAACAUUGUUCAUUGCUUCUACAACAGAGAUGCCGAUGAUAUGGCGGCGGUGUCAACGAUGAAACGAUUCCCUGUUCGCACGACUCUCGAUCAAGGCAUGACGAUGGUCGACACUAAGAUACGAUUCACAAGAUGUCUGUACUCUCAGCUUAGACAACAGCGAUUCAAUCAACCACGUCAGUUCCCACCGCUGCCGCGACCCACCGCGCCAGAGUACCAGGCUGCAAGCUUGGGCGUCAAGGUGCAUUGUGGCGCAGAGAUGAUGUAUCGCAGGAAGACUCAUGACGUCCUGCACAGCGCAUCAUGGAAGGCGUACCUACAGCGUCUCAAACAGAGCGACUACUUUGGUGGGGAGGUCGAAGGAUCCAAGUUGUAUAACGAGCGAAUGAUCAAGGCUAAGGAGGAGUUUAAGAAGCAGACCAAGUCUGCAUCAACGUCAGAACAAGUGUCAUCACUGGCGAGCUUCAUGGAUGAAGUGUUGGCUGGACAAGACCAACAAUCAAUGCUCAAACUGAUACAGGAGAGUGACGAUAAGUUAAAGGAAUCGAGCGAUAAGUGGUUGGACAAGAUACCAUCGCGUCUGGAGGACUUGUUGACAGAGUUUGAGAAUGCCAAUGGCUCAUCGGAUGGCGGCGACAAGAAUAAGAACCCGAUGGACAACAUGACCAAGCAGUUCCAGCGCAUGAUGGAGCAGCAUUCAUCGAUUGAUGGUGUGGACUUUGGGGCGCCAAAGUCCAAGGAGUCGGCAUUCGAUCCCGAGAAGUUCAUGUCCAUCCUCAAGAAUAUAGUUGGCAUAGAUAACAAACAAGCUGGAAACAAUAUCAAUGAUGGAGAUGACAGCAGUGAUGACGAGAUGUACGAUAGGAUCGAAGACUAUGGCGAGGAAGGUGAUUACAAGGACGACGAUGAUGAUGGCAAUAACAACCAAGACGACGAUGAUGAUGAAGAUGAUGAUGAUGACGACUUCAAGGUAUCAAUGGAGGACACAGACUAUGAUGAUGUAUAUCUUUCAAACCUGUUACCACCAAGGAGGUCAAAGAUGGAAAAUGUAAUGCAUCAGAUGGACAUGGAGAUUGCCAAUACUCCCGUGGGACAAUCAUUCGAGAAGGUCCAGUACGAAGGUGAUGAGGACAAGGAUCCCAAGACACUGGAAGCCGACAAGAUCAAUCGACCAGUGGAUCUCAACUUUAACCUUGUCAAGAACAUACUCGGUUCGCUAUCAUCCCAACAAGGUUUGGCAGGACCAGCCUCCAACAUUCUAAAGGAGUUGAUCGACUCGAAGAAGAAGUAG